AUGGCGACUAACAUUACAUUUCAUACAGGAUCAGUGGGUUCAGAGGAGCGCACGCAGCUUUUACAGCAAAAGGGUAUCACAAUCUGGUUGACGGGACUUAGUGCUAGCGGGAAGUCAACAAUCGCUUGUGCGCUCGAACAGCACCUCCUCUACCUCAAGAAAUUCGCAUAUAGGCUCGACGGGGACAAUAUUCGGUUCGGGCUGAACAAAGAUCUCGGGUUUGAUGAGAAGUCGAGAAAUGAGAAUAUUAGACGGAUUGGGGAGGUAGCGAAACUCUUCGCAGACGCAGCGUGUAUCGCCAUCACAGCAUUCAUCUCUCCUUAUCGUAUCGAUCGUGAUACUGCUCGUUCUCUCCACGCGCAGUCUAACAUACCCUUCAUUGAAGUAUUCGUGGAUGCCCCACUUGAGGUCGUUGAAUCGCGUGAUCCGAAGGGGCUGUAUAAGAAAGCGAGGGCGGGUGAGAUUAAAGACUUUACGGGUAUAUCUGCGCCAUACGAGGAACCUGUAAACCCAGAGAUACAUAUAAAGACAGCAGAGGUGGACGUUAACGAGAGUGUGAAGAUUAUCACGGAAUAUCUCCUUCAACAUGGAUUUAUCUAG